CCCCCUCUCUCUCUCUCUCUCUCUCUCUCUCUCUCCUCCCCUUAUUAUACCUCUCUCUCUCUCUCUCUCUCUCUCUCUCUCUCUCUCCCACUCUGUGUCCUCUUCUCCUCUUUUUGAUGUUGUGAGGAAUGAAUCCUAGUUGAGCUGAGACUUCCCUGGUAAUUAUUGUGGCAGCUUCAUUCCAACUCUGAAGAUAAUCUGUCAGAGACAAAAUACAUAGCUUAAAGUUCCUCUAUCGUUGUGCUUUCUAUCAAGUUGGUGAAUUAUUUACCACUUUGAACAUUGCUUUCACAAAAAAAAAAAGAAAAAAAAGAAAGAAAAAAGAAAAGAUUGUUUACAGCUCGAACAGAGAAAGUUAGAAGAGCAGCAUGGAACAAAAGACAUGGCUUUGGAGGAGGAAAUCAUCAGAAAAGAAUGUCCUCGAAAAAUCUGAUCUCUUAGCAAAGGAGCAGGAGAAAGAGAGGGCUUUAAAAUUAGAGAGAUCCGUACAAGACUUAAAUGAGCAGUUGUCGUCAGCUCGCACUGAGUCCGAUGCAAAAGAUGAUCUUUUAGCCAAGCAAGCAAAAGUGGCCGAGGAAGCCAUCACAGGUUGGGAAAGGGCCGAAACAGAAGCAUUAUCUUUCAAGCAAAUACUUGAUGAUGCUUUACAGCAAAAGGAAGUUAUGGAAGAAAAAAUAGACAAGCUAGAUGUAGCUCUAAAAGAUUGCCAUCAACAGUUGAAUGUCUCUAAGGAAGAGAAGGAGCACAUAAUAAAUGAAGCUGCAAAGAAAAUAUCCAAAGAACAAGAAAAACUACGAACUCUCGAACAGAAGCUCGCCGAGACAAACAAGAAGAUUGCUAGUUUAGGUGAUGAAAAUAGUAAUCUCUGUACGAUUGUUGAGAUGAAAGAAAGGUUAAUCGAAGAACUAAACGAAUCAAAAGCACUCGUUGAAGCAAAUUUAGCUGAAGUAUCAAAAAGACUUGAUUUAACGGAAAAAGGCAAUGCCUCUCUUAAGUAUGAGGUUUGCAUGCUUCAGAAGGAGCUGGAGAUUCGGACCGAGGAAAGGGGAUAUAACAUUAAAUCAGCCGAUGCUGCUCACAAACAGCAGCUAGAAAGCGUAAAAAAGAUUGCAAAGCUAGAAGCAGAGUGCCAAAGAUUGCGCGUGAUGGUCCGGAAGCGACUACCAGGCCCUGCCGCUUUAGCUAAAAUGAGAAGUGAGGUUGAACUUCUUGGUCAUGACAAUUAUAUGGAACUGAGGAGUAAAAGUGCAAAUUCCCCAAAAUCUUUUGCAUCACGUGGGUUUGUAUCAGAAAACGGUUAUGAAGCAGCUUCUCUUCUUGAGAGGUUGAGGGCAAGCGAAGAUGAAAACAAAAUUCUCAGAGAAUCAUUGACUAAGAAGACCAGUGAAAUCGAGCAUACAUCGUCCAGACUUUCGCAGAUUGAGAGACAGCUGAAGGACUUAUCGAAGGGACAUGAUUGCUAUGAUCACAUAAAAAGUAGUCCUAGAAUGUACGAACACCCUCUUGCAUCAAUUUCCGAGGGUGGUGGUCAUGGAGAUAAUGUAAGUUGCGCUGAAUCAUGGGCUUCUGCUUUGAUUUCCGAGCUGGAGCACUUCAGGAAUGGAAAGCCAACGACACCAUCUUCUAGGAGUAUUGGCAUGUCCGACUUAAGUUUGAUGGAUGAUUUUGUGGAGAUGGAAAAGUUAGCAGUGACAUAUGUUGAUAAUAGAACUUUAUUAUCUGCGCAACUUCCUUCAAGGGACAGUAGAUCAUGUGUUACCACUACUGCAAGAUCUGAUUUCACGGAAGAAGCAGGUAAAGAGCUCAUCCCCGUUGAGAAUCUCUCUGGAUACAUAACACUUGAGAAUUAUCCUAGUUGGCUUCAGGAUAUUUUAAGAGUGAUUAUUCAGAAGCAUCAUAUUACACAGAAAAGUAUAGAUGCCAUUUUCGAAGAUGUCCGAAGUGCACUGCAAAAGCAGGAUCUUUUUAUUAGAGGAAACUCCUCAAAUGCCUUAAAUGCUAAUGGCAAUACUCCUAGGAAACCCCAAUCUGCUUCUUUGGAUUCAUUUGAAGGAAUAGUUGAUACCAGUGCCUCACAUACCGAAACAGCUAACCAGCUUUCCAAAUCAAACAUAGAAAAGGUGGUAUCUAAGUUAAUUGAGCAGGUAGAAGGAAUCAUUCGAAGGUGCAAAAAGAACAAUGAUGGCCAACUUACGGUAUCUGGAAGUGAUACAGUAAGUCCAAAAUCUGGAGCUUUAAAUGGAUAUGUCGCUCGUGCAUUUUUGUGGGAAACUUCUGAACUUACAACUGUCUUACGACACUUUAUCCUUGUUUGUAACAAUCUGUUAUAUGGAAAGGCUGAUCCUGAAAGAUUCAUUAGUGAAGUAAGUUCGACCCUAGACUGGAUUAUCAAUCACUGCUUUUCCCUACAAGAUGUGUCUGAUAUGCGAGAAAGUAUCAUAAAGCAUUUUGGGGGGGAUGAGAAUUGCAUUAAUGAGUUCAGAGCUGUGCCGAACAGCCCAAGCUUGGGUAAAAAUAAAUUAGAUGACCAUGAUGAGAUCAAGAUAAAAGGGGAUAAGAUAAUGCCUUUAUUUUAUACGCCAAAUGGCCUUUGUAGUUUGUUCGAAAUGGACAUUAUUGAAUCUAGGGUUAAAGAAAGUGCAACAAACCGUGCGAUUCCUAAUAUAGAAUUACGAAGAAGUUAUUGUGAGGAGAAGAUUGAAAAUGGAAAUUCUGGGAAUGAAGCACCAAUUACUCAAGUCCCGGAGUCAGAACAAAGAACAUCAAAUUUCCGAGCAGAACCUGAAGCAGUGAAGGAAUCAAAGUUAAUUGAUGAAAAUCAUAAAUUAGAGUAUACAGCUGUUAAGGUCGAACUAAACGAGACUCGUAAAAGGUUCUCAUCCCUGAAAGUUGAAGUGGAAAAUGAAAUUUCAACUUCAGAAAGUGAAGCUGUUGCUGCUUCUAAAGGGAGUCCCAAACAUAUUAUUGGCCAAGAGGAAAAUCAACUUAGAACUAGUUCAGAAAUUGCUUUGGCAUCAGAGAAACUUGCAGAGUGCCAGGAAACAAUCCUAAACCUCGGGAAACAAUUGAAAGCCUUGGCAUCUCCCAAAGAUGCAGCCCUUCUUGAGAAGGUUAUGUUGAGCCCGACUACCGCCAGACCAAAUCGUAGGCUUCAGUUACUCGAUCACAUGCUAGCGGAGGAUGGUGCCAACUUCGAGGAUCCCAACUUCCCUCAAACUAAGGAAAUCAUAUGUACCGAACCACGAAAUCAGCAAGAUUCCACUGCUGAGAAUCCCAAACCAGGAUCGCUAAAUGGCCGAAAUGUCCACACAGAUGACAACCGCAUCAGCAACGGUUCGGUACAAGCUACAACACAUCCAGUAAUAGCUAAUAAGCACACACAUGAGGGUGAUGUGGAAAUGCUUGCGCUCGUUCCGAAGACACAAAGAGGGGGAACAAGUUUGCUUAGAAAGCUUUUAUUGAGGAAAAAGGAGAGCAAGAAUACUAAGAAGCUAACACUGCCCAUCAGCUCUUUCGAGGGCAAAGAGUUAAAAGGUGUUUAAAGAAUGGGAGAAAAGUAAUGCAAAAUUUAGUAUCUAGGUUGGGUGCUUUAUUGUUAUCUUGCAUGGUUAUGGGUGAGAGAAGAUAACAUGGUAGUGUGUCUGAGAGUGGGUUUUUGUGUAAUUUCUCUUCUGAUUGUAAUGUAAAUCUUUCCUUUUGUUUUGUUUCUUGUAAAUUGGGAUCUCUGUUGACUCUGUAGCCAUUCAGUUGAUUACAGUUCUUGAAGUUGUCGAGUUCGGAGAAGCUA